CCAUUUCCGCAAGCUUUCUGGUGCCAUAAGCAAUAGAGCCCCCGGUCGCCCAGGCCUUCUUCUCUUUGAGCUAAGUCCCUGCUCCCUUUCUUUUCUUUCACUCAGGUCCUCGUAGUUUCUUCUCCUUCAGAGUCGUCUCCUCCUCCCUGAAGAAACUCUUGCAGACAGCCCCCUUAGGUUUUUCGAAUUCUAGUUGGCCGCUCCCUCCUUUGUAGAUCCGGGGAACCCUGCCGCCGCCCCCAUGUAUACCCACCAGUUUCUCUAACGUCCGUCGUCCUCCGAUGAAGCUGCACGUCCUCCGCAUCCGCCGUUCCCACUCCUUCUCCGUCGCCUUCCUGUACUGGUUCUACGUCUUCUCAUGAACGCAUCGCCCCCCUCAAGAACGCCAGCAUCUCUUCCGUUCUCUAGGUUGUUAGAUCUCCCUUAGUUUCUUGAAUCUUUGAUUUUUUUCCCGCCCCUUCCUUCCAAAAAAAGUCCCUCCUUUGAGCUGAGUCUGUCCAAGAAGAAGAGCAAUCAUCCGACAAUGUCGUCGCGCCGUAGCCCGAGCCCUGACAGCAACACCGACAGCGGCAGCGCCGGCGGCGGGUUCGCCGCCGACGAGCGCAAGCGCAAGCGGAUGCUGUCCAACAGGGAGUCCGCGCGCCGGUCCCGCGCGCGGAAGCAGCAGCGGCUGGAGGAGCUGGUCGCCGAGGUGGCCCGCCUCCAGGCCGAGAACGCGCAGGUGCAGACCCGCAUCGCGACCUUCGACCGCGAGCUCAGCAAGGUGGACGGCGAGAACGCCGUGCUGCGCGCACGCCACGGCGAGCUGGCCGGGCGGCUGGAGUCGCUGGGCGGCGUCCUGGAGGUGCUCCAGAUGGCCGGCGCCCCCGUGGACAUCCCGGAGAUCCCCGACCCGCUGCUCCGCCCAUGGCAGCCCCCUUUCCCGAUGCAGCCCAUCGCCGCCGACGCCUUCCAGUUCUGAGAGCCGGCUGCCUCGACUACCAAGACAUGGCCGUGGGAUUGCCAUGGUCACCUACUGCUAUGAUUACUACUGCUAAGCUCAUGUACUAGUUUGUGGUUGUGUCUCUGCAGCUUGGCUGCUUAUGUUCUUAAUCAUGGUUUGCUGUGUUAUAUUAAUCUAGACAAUUAGUAAUAAUCAGUUUGUGGAUCUGAACUUGUGAUUGCAAUUUGUAGCAAUGUGCUCCAAUGGCUUGUGAUUGUUGUAAUGUCCUGAUGAAUUUCAAAUGAACAUUAUGAAUUUCAAAUGAAUAUCUGUGUGAUUGUAAUAUA